GAAACGUCACAUAAAGUCUUGCGCUUUACAGAGACGAGACGUGUUUUCUCUUCACGGCUGUUUUUGGAGAGAUUUGAUCCAAAAUAUAAGUUCAAGUGUUGCUUUGGACAUCGGUUUCCAUUACCUUGCUGAACAUGGAGUUCGAUCCUCGUCACGCUGAAGAUGUCCACAACGCGGCAGCAGAGCUGUGGCGACAGUAUUUGUUCACGGGGCGACUGGUGGAGUCUGUGUCCAGUCCAUCUCCCGUAGAUGUCCCGUCUCCCCCUUGCCAUCAGCACCACCUUGAAGACUGGCGGUUACCACACGACCCGUUCAUCGGCCUUACAAUCCGUGGCUACUUCUUCAGGGGAGUCAUGAGCUCAGGUGGUUCAGCUACUGUAUACAGUGUGUUCAAGGAUGGCAAGGUGUUUGCAGCGAAAGUGUCACACCCAAGAAACACCGAGCCGGACGAGGCAUCAAAAGUAUGGACCAAUGAAUACAGCAUACUCAAUCAGGUCCAACACAAAAACAUCAUCAAGGCCUACGACCUCUUUGAACACAAUGGGCGCCAGGUCUUGAUACUCGAGUAUGUCGGCGGAUGCAAUUUGGCGGAAUUCAUGGCCAGGGUGUGUGUGGCUCGGAGACAAAGUUCGAUCAAGAAAAUCAUGAAACAAGUCCUGGACGUUCUUCAAUAUCUCCAUCAAAAUAACGUAGCCCAUCAGGACAUAACACCAUCCCAUAUUCUCAUUGGACAGAGUGGAAAGGUCAAAAUUAUAAACUUUGGCGAUGCGACCAGACUUGGCACGAACAGCUUGUAUCCACAGAACGAGGCAGGGGAUGUUCAAGAUGAUAUUAUCAAGUCAUUUGAUGUAUGGAGGUUUGGGGCGUCUGUAUAUGAAACUCUGACGGGGAAGACGCCACACUUUAUAGGACCAGACCGCAGUGAGCCUGACGUAUCUGGUGUUCAUAGUCCGGACAGAAAGCUAAUGUUGCUUAUUAAGAAGUGUCUAGAUUUAAAUCCUUUGUCUCGAAUCACAGCAAAAGUUGCUUUAAAACACGACUAUUUCAAACGAUUUUCAACUACUUUUCAUUAAAGUUCUCAAUUUUAAAUUAUAAUGUUGCAAUACAAAUGUCAGUCCUCGUCUGUCUAAUCAAUAAAACCCUUACUGAAAGUGUGUAAAUUUCUGUUUCAUCAAGAAUUUUCCAGUAAUGUUUCUCAUGAAUGUGUAGUGUCUCAUGGACAGUUAUUUUUACUGUUUUACUGUCAUAUCAAAUGUUAUGAAUCAAUACAAUCAAAAUAUUCA